AUGUUGACGCUCUAUUCCGGACUCCUUCGAGUCCUGCCCUUACUACUACUCGCCUUCACCAUCACAGUGUCCUCCGAGCAUACUUCCAACUGGGCCGUCCUCGUCUCAACCUCCCGAUUCUGGUUCAACUACCGUCAUCUCGCCAAUGUCCUCUCCUUGUACCGCACCGUCAAGCGGUUGGGCAUCCCCGACUCGCAGAUCAUCCUGAUGCUCCCCGAUGACAUGGCCUGCAAUCCUCGCAAUGCCUUUCCCGGAACCGUUUACAGUAACGCAGAUCGCGCCGUUGAUCUCUACGGCGACAACAUCGAGGUCGACUAUCGGGGGUACGAGGUCACCGUGGAGAACUUCAUCCGCCUCCUGACGGAUCGCCUGGACGAAGAUGUACCACGCAGCAAGCGACUAGGCUCCGACGCUGGUAGUAACGUUUUGGUCUAUAUGACCGGUCACGGCGGCGACCAGUUUCUGAAAUUCCAAGACUCCGAGGAAAUCGGAGCCUGGGACCUGGCGGACGCCUUCGGUCAGAUGUGGGAAAAGAAGCGCUACCAUGAGCUUCUGUUUAUGAUUGAUACCUGCCAGGCCAACACCAUGUACACGCAUUUCUACUCGCCGAAUAUCAUCGCCACCGGAUCCAGUGAGCUUGACCAAUCUUCCUACUCUCACCAUGCGGACAAUGAUGUCGGGGUUGCGGUGAUCGACCGCUGGACAUACUAUGUGUUGGAAUUUUUGGAAACACAGGUGACAAGUGCCAAUUCGAAGCUCACGCUGGGCGACUUGUUCGAUUCGUACGACGAGUCCAAGAUCCAUUCCCAGCCGGGUGUAAGGUGGGACCUGUUUCCCGGCGGCGAGCAGGAGGGACGGCUUCGCACCGUGGCAGACUUCUUUGGGAAUGUGCAGAACGUCGAAGUUGAGAAUAUCAAUGCAACCGAGCCGGGCUCGUUGAAGGAGGAUUUGAUUGAGAUUGCCCGGCUCGUGGACAAAUGGCGUGCUCGCGACCAGGACUAUUUCGUCCGACAGAACGAGUCAUCAGUGUCGAAGGACGCCAGCGCGCAUGAGGAAUCUUCCCCGCAUUACACGGUCAGGUCCAAGGUUGGGCCGGCGAAGAUGUCGGAGGAAUCUACGUGGCAGAAGCGGUUGGUCGGAAUUUCCGUCCUAGGCGCGUGUGCUGCUGUCUGGCUUACGGGAUCGAUCUUGGGCGGGACCUCGGCUUGA